GGAUAGCACCCUUAGUGGGGAGAGGUGGCUGGAAAGUUAAAGUGCGCCACGGGUUGCUGGAGCUGGAAUCCAGAGUGCUGCAAUCCAGUGAGCAGGUGAGAGGGCUGCUGUUGCGUGGACCAAGCCGAGUGCCUGCCCCACUUUUGCCGUCGCGGUUGCUGUCACUGUCACCCAGCUCAGAUGGUGGGGCGGCUGAAGGGUCUCCCCUUCGUACUCAAGAGCGGUACCUGACUGCUAGCCUGCUCACCUAGCGUGAUGGCUGUGGACAUCGAAUACAGCUACAGCAGUAUGGCCCCUUCUCUACGCAGAGAGCGCUUCACCUUCAAGAUCUCCCCCAAACUGAGCAAGCCCCUGAGGCCUUGUAUCCAGCUGGGCAGCAAGGAUGAAGCCAGCGGAAUGGUGGCCCCCGCAGUGCAGGAGAAGAAGGUGAAGAAGCGGGUGUCCUUCGCCGACAACCAGGGGCUGGCCCUGACAAUGGUGAAAGUGUUCUCGGAAUUCGAUGACCCACUAGAUAUUCCCUUUAACAUCACCGAGCUCCUAGACAACAUCGUGAGUCUGACGACAGCAGAGAGCGAGAGCUUUGUUUUGGAUUUUCCGCAGCCUUCCGCAGAUUACUUAGACUUCAGAAAUCGCCUUCAGACCAACCACGUCUGCCUAGAAAACUGUGUGCUGAAGGAUAAGGCCAUCGCGGGCACCGUGAAGGUCCAGAACCUGGCCUUCGAGAAGGUUGUGAAGAUCAGGAUGACAUUUGACACCUGGAAAAGCUUCACAGACUUCCCUUGUCAGUAUGUGAAGGACACUUACGCUGGUUCAGACAGGGACACAUUCUCCUUUGACAUCAGCUUACCCGAGAAAAUUCAGUCUUACGAAAGAAUGGAGUUUGCCGUGUGCUACGAGUGUAACGGCCAGGCGUACUGGGACAGCAACAAAGGCAAAAACUACAGGAUCACCCGGGCUGAACUCCGAUCCUCUCCGGGAAUGAUCGAGCCGUACAAUGGACCAGAUUUUGGAAUCUCUUUUGACCAGUUUGGGAGCCCUCGGUGUUCCUUUGGCCUGUUUCCAGAGUGGCCUAGUUAUCUGGGAUAUGAAAAGCUGGGGCCCUACUACUAGUGACUGCAGGUGACAGUCCGUGGCUCUGAUCAAGAUGGAGGCGAGAGAACUCAAGGCCAGAGGAAAGUUGAACUGCCACUAGGCGUGGUUUUUGAAAAGACAGGCUCCUGUUCACCUUUUUCUUAAACCAGAAAGUCCAGCGUGUUUCCAUCACACCCGGUUUCUUGCUCAGAGGAGUGGAGCGGUGCUGAUCCUCUGUGGCAUCCGGGUUGGCCACAAGGGAAUGCACAGGAUGGUGCCAGAAGGGUCUGGAGAGGAGCCAAGCUGGCAAGGACAGAGGAAGCUGGCCUCUCUGCCACACUUGGACUCUGAAAGUCACCCAGAAACCAGUCUCCAGCCUUACCAUUGACCUCGAGGACCUGCCCCCACUCAUGGCUUUCCAUGUGUCUCCUUCAUUCCAUGAGUACUCAGAAGGGAGCCACCUCAGUUCUGGACACACUGGCCUGAUUGAUACCCAGCAGCCUCAGAAGAGGGACGGGGGCAGCCGCUUUCUGUGCUAGCUCUUUCGCUACACUUCCUCCCGCUACAGUCUAUCCAGUGAUCUGGACAAGAUAGGCAAAGCAAAUAAGUAGCUUGUGUCUGGGAUAGGCACUCCCUCCCCCCCCUCUCCUCCUGGCCCCUCCUUUAUAUUCCAGAAGAGAGCAACAUAUCAGUUACUAGAAAGUCAUUGGUUCCCAUGUGGGGUCACAGGAUACAGCACUGGGACAAGGUGGGACAGUCUGAACUUUUAGCUUUUCCUCUUGGAUGUUGGGGGAGCUUUUGAAGCAGCGUUUCACCCCGAGUUACCAGAAAGAGGACUCAAUGACAAGAUGCAUUUCCACUUGCCUGGCCGGUGUGUGAACUGUUUGUGUUUGAAGAGAGUCAUAGCUCUCAUGUCUCCUGGAGUCUCCACUUCAGUGCCUUGUCUGAGACUUUCAAAUAGCAAGACUGGCAUAUCCUCGAAUCCUCCAGACUGUGCUUAGAUAUAUAUUCAUAUUCAGGAUGCUUUAUGAACCCCCAAGGACAUUGAUUGGGUGUUUUUAUUUAUGGUGUGUAUUAUAAAAGAAUAGGGGAGAAAAACCUCACCACGUUUUUCUAUGUUAUUUUAAAUGUUUGUCAACUCUGAGGUA